GGAGUAGAAACAAAAGUGAAACUUUUUGAGCAGCAUAUUCCAGACAUCUUGAGGUCUUUCUGAGUGUAGCCUUCAUUGAUUUGAGAUCUACCAUACCAUUCUCUCACUAGAGGGGAAAGCCUAUAAUGGCAGCAGGCCAUAAAAGAGACCAAGUUUGGGAAUAUUUUAAUGAAGUUCCUCUACCUGUGGGUAAGAUAGGCAUGCAUGCAAAAUGCAAAUGAUGCAACAAAGAAAUGCAAGGCCUGAUUGCCCGAAUGAAACAACAUUGUGCGAAGUGUUCCUUCUCAGGAGGAAGCUGCGUUGAAGAUGGUGAAAGGAACAGGUCUGAAUAUGCAGGAUCUUCAGGAGAACCCAUCCUCAAUGUACAGGAUUCUGAAGACUAUCCUCCUUCAAGAUCACCGUCAUUUUCUGUAGUUUCAGAGUUAUCUGCCAACGAUAGUGUUUCAGUCACAUCAUGUAUGCAGUAUAUCACCGGUAGCAAAAAGAAAGGAAAAAAUCUCCAUCAUCCAGAAACAACCAUAGAUAAGUUUGUGAUAAGAACCAGCAGAUUACAAAAAGAGGGCAGUGUGACUGCAAUGACAGUAUUUUUUCCUUUGGAUACAGCUAGACUUAGACUUCAGGUUGAUGAGAAACGCAAGUCCAAGACAACACACACAGUGCUACUGGAGAUUAUCAAAGAAGAAGGCCUCCUGGCACCUUAUCGAGGGUGGUUCCCUGUUAUUUCCAGCCUCUGCUGCUCCAAUUUUGUCUAUUUUUAUACGUUUAACAGUCUCAGAGCUCUCUGGGUCAAAGGCCAACGUUCAACCACAGGAAAAGAUUUGAUCCUGGGGUUUGUUGCAGGUGUCGUGAACGUACUCUUGACCACUCCACUCUGGGUAGUGAACACACGACUGAAACUGCAAGGAGCAAAGUUUAGAAAUGAAGAUAUUGUACCAACCAACUACAAGGGCAUUGUGGAUGCCUUUCAUCAGAUAAUACGGGAUGAAGGAGUCUUGGCUUUGUGGAAUGGCACUUUUCCCUCCUUGCUGCUGGUUUUCAAUCCUGCCAUACAGUUUAUGUUCUAUGAAGGGUUUAAACGAAAGCUUUUGAAGACACGACUGCAGCUUACCUCUUUGGAUGCAUUCAUCAUUGGUGCAGUAGCUAAGGCAGUUGCCACCACCGUCACCUACCCCAUGCAGACAGUACAAUCAAUUUUGCGGUUUGGACGUCACAGAUUGAACCCCGAAAACCGGCCACUAGGCAGUCUUAAGAAUGUUCUCUAUCUUCUUCGACAGAGAAUAAGGCGUUUUGGAUUGGUGGGACUCUACAAAGGCCUUGAAGCAAAGCUCCUUCAGACGGUCCUCACUGCCGCACUCAUGUUCCUAGUCUAUGAAAAACUGACUGCUGCUACCUUCACAGUCAUGGGAUUAAAGCAUUCACAGAAGCACUGAGAAAGUGAUCUCUGCAGCACAAUGAGCAUGGAAAUAAACUAGGGGUCUGGAGAGGGAGGUCCAAUAUCUGAGGACAGGCUGGGUAGCAAAGAAUUCUCUCUCUAAGGUCACUUCCUUCUCCAUUACUUUCCAUUCUUAUUGUCUCCGUCUCAGAAGCUGAAUGAGGAGAAAUUUAAAGUGAAGUCCAGUAGGAUUUGCUGUCAGUCCUCUUUGUGGUGGCAUGUUCACUGUAUUGACAUUUCGCAACCCGAUUGUGUUAAGAAAUUAAAUGGAAAAGAUUAUUUUAGCACCUAAAAUUAAGAUCUGUUAAUUACUGGAGUGGUUUGGUUGGCUCUUUUAGGGGGAGGGAGUACUUUUAUUGCACUUAAUUUUCCUUUCUUUUCAACUUGCUAUCAGCCAUUGUCCUCCCUGUACUGGCUGUCAGCAGCUCUCUGUCAGGUGUUCAUCUCACCUGAUAUUCGUUCAUUAAAAUAAUUCAUGCAGAA